AUGACAACAUCCGAAGAUAAAAAACCGAUUAGCCGAUCACGAGUGAUUCUUUCACAGGUUAUAGCAUGUCUCGCGUUAGACUUCCUGCUGAUCGGUCUGGGUCUAUCUAUCAGUUUCGUGACGAUGGUGUUACCUGAAGUAAUGGAGGCCAAAGAAGGGUUAUCUAUCACUAAGAAACAAGCGUCAUGGUUUGGUAGUAUUGCGUUUCUUUGCCAGCCUCUGGGCAGUAUAUUCUCAGGACCUUUACUUGAUCACUUCGGAAGAAAGAAGGCAUUAUUUCUGGUGAACAUACCACAUGUGAUUGCGUGGCUACUCAUGUACUAUGCGUCUAAUGUACCAACUUUGUUUAUUGGGAACGCCUUACUGGGGAUUGGUACGGGUAUCAUGGAAGCACCUUCCGUCACAUACGUAGGAGAAAUCAGUGAUCCAUCAAUUCGAGGCAUUUUAACAACCCUAACAAACGGAUUUACGUCUACGGGCAUGUUUGCUGCAUACUUCCUCGGUGCUGUUCUACCAUGGCGUCAAGCAGCACUCGUGGCUCUAACUGUACCACUCGCUACAAUGGUGUUAGUGCUCUUUGUACCUGAAACUCCAAUAUGGCUUCUAUCGAAAGGUCGACAGAAAGAGGCCCUGGAUUCACUCUGCCGACUUAGAGGCUGGUCGAAACCAAUAGACGUUGAAGAAGAAUUUAACGUGCUUCUAGAAUAUAAUGAAGAAAUGCGCCAAUGCGUUCUGUGUGGUCAAGAAAAACAACAAAUUGAACCUUGUGAACAUGAAAAAAAGAGUCUGUACAGAAGAAUACUUAUGAAGAUAAAGUACGUUUUCUUUGUCAAAGAAACUAUGAGGCCUUUCAUGCUAGUUAUGGCGUAUUUCUUCUUCCAUACCAUGAGCGGCACAAUGCCUAUUCGACCGAAUAUGGUAAAUGUUUGUAAAGCUUUGGGAAUGAAAUAUGAUCCUAAGAACAUAGUGGUGAUAUCUGGAGCGCUUUUCAUCUUGAUGAGUAUUCUGUCUGCCUUUAUUGUCAAGACUGUUGGCAAAAGAAAGCUCAUCCUUGGAUCAUUACUUGCAUCAGCUGGCUGCAACCUAGCUCUGAGUAUCUACGCUCACAUUAACAUUCCUCUGACAGUUUUCUCCUACGAAGUUCAUACUUUCACUGAUCGCAAGGACGUAUUGCCAGUUGUAUUAUUCUUGAUGUUAAUUUGCUUUAACGGACUCGGCAUACCAUGGAUCUUGCUAUCGGAGGUGUUUCCUUUCAAGAGCCGCGGUAUUGCCACAGCUAUGGCAGCAGCCUCGGGUUACGUUGUAUUCUUCUUAUCGUCUAAAACCAACUACAACAUCGAAUUUGCUUUUCACCUCAGUGGGACUUUCGGCUUGUACGGUACCAUUGGCUUUAUUGGCACAGUCUACCUUUAUUUCUUUCUGCCAGAGACAGAGAAGAAAUCUCUCGCUGAAAUUGAGUCUUUCUAUAAAAGUGAUAGGAGAAUAUUUGCUGAUGAUUUCUUAAUAAAUUCGUUUAGAAAGAAACGUAGUACAAACAGUGAGGCUAAUAAUCCGAUGCUAGGCAAAUAG